AGUUGCGAAGUUCUUCAUGUGAAAAAGAAAACUGGAGGCACUAGUUCCACUCCAAACAAGAAUUCAUCCACAAAACGAAGGUCAUCACUGCCAAAUGGAGAAGGUCUACAAUUAAAAGAAAACUCGGACGCAGAUGGCAUGCAUUUACACUACUGGUCACUGUUUGAUGGACAUGCUGGAUCUGGGGCAGCUGUUGUAGCAUCUAAACUGCUCCAGCACCAUAUUUUGGAGCAGCUGCAGGAGAUUGUGGACAUCAUGAAGAACAGUGCAGUUCUUCCCCCAACCUGCCUAGGAGAGGAGCCGGAGAACAUGACAGCUAACAGCAGAACUCUGACUAGGGCUGCCUCCUUGCGUAGUGGGGUUGGGGCUCCAGGCUCACCCAGCACCCCUCCAACACGCUUCUUUACAGAGAAGAAGAUACCGCAUGAAUGCCUUGUUAUUGGGGCCAUUGAAAGUGCAUUCAAGGAAAUGGAUUUACAAAUUGAACGAGAGAGGACUAUAUAUAAUAUAUCUGGAGGCUGCACAGCCCUUGUGGUGGUGUAUCUGUUGGGGAAGCUGUAUGUGGCAAAUGCUGGUGAUAGUAGAGCCAUCAUAAUCCGAAAUGGAGAAGUUGUUCCAAUGUCUUCAGAAUUCACGCCAGAAACUGAGCGUCAGCGGCUACAGUAUCUGGCUUUCAUGCAGCCGCACUUGCUGGGAAAUGAGUUCACACAUUUAGAGUUUCCAAGGAGGGUGCAGCGUAAAGAAAUCGGAAAGAGGAUGCUCUACAGGGACUUUAACAUGACUGGCUGGGCAUACAAGACCAUUGAGGAAGAUGACUUGAAGUUUCCUCUUAUAUAUGGAGAAGGCAAGAAGGCUCGAGUUAUGGCAACUAUUGGGGUAACUAGAGGACUUGGAGACCAUGACCUAAAAGUGCACGACUCCAAUAUCUACAUCAAGCCCUUUCUGUCUUCAACUCCUGAGGUGAAAGUCUAUGACCUUCAGCAGUAUGAGCAUGGACCAGAUGAUGUGUUGAUCUUGGCUACUGAUGGACUCUGGGAUGUAUUAUUAAAUGAAGAAGUGGCAGAAGCUGUCACCAAUUUUCUACCUAACUGUGACCCUGAUGGCCCCCACAGAUACACAUUAGCUGCUCAGGAUCUGGUGAUGCGAGCCAGGGGAGUGCUGAAGGACAGAGGCUGGAGAAUAUCCAACGACAGACUGGGUUCAGGAGAUGACAUUUCCGUCUUUGUCAUUCCUUUAAUACAUGGAAACAAACAGUCAUUGAACAAACAGUAGCUCCAACAAGUGACAGGAAGGUGGUGGUCUUUUUAGGAAAAUCAUUUGAGAAGACGUGACAGUCAAAAUGAGGACAGUUUUGAUUGACAGUAAUGUAUUCUAAACUAAUGCUGGAGGGGUAUUUUUCUGCCCAAUAGGUACUUUAUUUUAUUACAUUUUUAAAAAUAAAUUUGGUAGCUGCUGCUUUCUUCUUUCCCUUGUUGGCCGAAUAAUCAUACUUUGAAGAAGAAUGUACAGUUGGCGAGGCUAUGUUCUGAAGAAAGCAAGCUCCAUUGAAAGAUGAUGAUUUGGACCAAUGUACUUAAGCUUUGUGACUGUGAAAUGUUAAACUUUUUGUAACCUGAGAACAAGAAAAUGUUUAGUAAAGGGAUAUAUUUUGUGUUUUUUGAAACUUUUAAGUGCAAUGAAAAAAGGAGGAUGCUGAAGAAAUGUAUGUGCAAAGUUUUAAAAUAAAAUUUUAAAUUAUAUAAU